AUGAAAAAUAAUAAAAACAAUAAAUUUGCAGGAAAAAAACCAGCACCACCAACCAAACCACUUACAGCAACACCACUUUCACAAACUGCUGCCGCUUUACUCGGCAACAAAUAUUAUAGCACUAAACCAGAUUAUGUCCCAAAGCCUUAUUUAGGCCCACCAGGAAAAUUAAAUGAUGUUGUUAAACUCGAACUUUUAGAAAAAGAAGACGCCUCAACUGUUAAACAAAUUUGGUUACAAUACCAUUUACAAAAAGAAUGUUUAUGUGCAGUUAUUCCAUCCGAUAUUUACAAAAAAUUAAUUUCAAGAUCAAAAGAAUGUCCACUUUUCAUUAUUCCACUCCCAGGCGAUAAAGGUUUCAUUUCAAUUUUAUAUCAAAAUCAAGGUGAUCAUUUAGUAUUCACCUAUUUAGAACAAUUUAAAAAACAUUCAGUUAAUGCUGUCCCAUGGUUAAUUGCAUCACAUUACACCGAUUUCAUCGAUUCUAAAGGAAUUGUUUUAAUGAGAGCCGAACCAAAUUUAGAAGUUUUAAAUAACACUCAAGCUCAAUACCUUUAUAAUCAAAUUCAAUCAUACCUUUUAGACGACACUAAAUAUAAAAUUAUGGAAACUUUUACCAAACGUCCACACGAAUUUGAUUUCAAUUUAGUUAUUAAGGAUAUGGAAAAAAUGUCACUUUUAGAUAAUAAACAAUCCGAAAUGGCCUCAAAUGUUAUCGAGUUCGAAAAAGAAGCCGAAUUAGUAAAUGAAUCCAAAAAAGAAUAA